UUAGAUAAGCUUGUCUGAGGGGAUACAACAGUAUUUGAACAAUUAGGCAUUGAGUAAAAGUAUUCAAGAUGCCUGCUGAUUUCCUGUCGCUGCUCAACAGCCGCGAUUCGUCGCUGAUCUCCUCAAACAAUCCCAUCAUCAAUGAUCUGGUUAAGCCCAUGAGCCUGGAGCUAAGCACCGCCGUGAAGUUGAUCGCAAAGACACGACGCCAGCGCAUGGAGGAGCUGUUUGCCCAGGAGCGUGACUGGGAGAAGGAGGAACUGUCGCGCCUGGGACUGAGCCGCAUCGAUGACUCCUACAAAUGCUGCACACCUGAUGGAUUGCGCAAGGUCAAGCUAUAGGCAUUUCUGCUCUUCCAAAUUCCAAAAUUAGUUUGUCGCAUCUCGGCGAGAUCUCUCCACUUGCUGCAGAAUUAAAUUUAUUUUAUUCGUUAUACAUGGAUUCCCCCCCCGCAA